AUGCUCACCACCGCGCCCUACCUGCGCACGCGGCGGCCCUCGCCCACCACCGCCGAGUUCAUCGUGUCGACGCUGGCGCCGCCGACGCCGGCGCGGCGUCUCGCGCUCGCGGGCGUGUACCUCUUGCGGCUGGCGCUGGCGCUGGGCGUGCUGCUGCUCGCGUACGCGAGCUGGGCGCAGAGCCCGUACGCGCCCACCACCACCACCACCACCACCGCCGCCGCCUCCUCCUCGCCGUUCUCGCGGGCGCGCGGGGCGCUGGACGCGGCGCUGGGCGCGACGGCGGCGGGGCGGGCGGUGGCGCGGGCGGCGGGGGCGGUGCCGGGGUGGGCGCUGGGGCCGGGGGCGGCGGCGGCGCUGUGGGCGCUGUCGCGGCGGGUCGGGGCCGAGGAGCGGCUGCUGGUGCUGCGCGGGCUGGGCAUCCAGACGCGGUCGAGCGGGGCGUCGGUGCUGGCGGCGCUGGCGGCGGCCGACGGCGGCAGCCGCACCCGCUUCGUCCCCACCGCCAAGAUCGUCGACGUCCUCCUCCACGAGGCCUUCCGCGGCUUCGAGGUCCGCCACUACCUCGCCGUCGUCGUCGACGGCGAGGACGACCUCCUCCUCGUCUUCCCCCGCCUCCUCCCCCGCCCCCGCAUCCUCGAGGCCGUCUGGCGCGGCGUCCGCGAGUGCCUCUACGACACCGAUGCUCCGCCUCCUCGCGCCCCCGCCGCCUCCCUGCCCCCGCCCGAGGGCGCUCGAGUCUGGAAGGCCCGCCGCCGGGAUCUGCAGGUCGAGUAG